AGAACACACACCGCUCCACAUAGAUGAGAACCGAUUUACAGACCGACGCUGCGUCGAACAAACCAGAGAAUAUGGUCAGGAGCUCAACCGUCAGUGGCUUGAAUAACACACACCAAACCACCAGCUGAGGAUGUUAAGAUGCCCAUUCAAGGCCUACUCCCUACCCUGGUCUGUCUCACCAUCUGGACCCUGUGGAGCCUGCUAAUACCUGCCCUCAGCCACCCUCACCACAGCCUCUGCAGACUGGUCCACAGAGGAUGCAAUCGCCAUCACACUGCACACUGCCCUAUCCCAUCUGGACAAGAGGAAUACCUAUGUAAGAAUUCUGUUCAUUGAGUCCAGCUCAGCAUUCAACACCAUAGUACCCUCCAAGCCCAUCAUUAAGCUCGAGGCCCUGGUUCUGAACCCCGCCAAUGUGCAAUUGGGUCCUGGACUUCCUGACAGGCCUCCCACAGGUUGUGAAGACCCAAAAGAUUGCUCUCUGUAGUGAUAGUGAGAUCUCAUCUGUGCCGAGGGACCUACCGGACAACAUAGAGGAACUCCACCUGACCCAUAACCACAUUCAGAUGCUACAAGAUGACUCCCUCUCCCGCUACAUCUCCCUUCGCACUCUAAGCUGUGCAAAAAACCGCUUGGAGACAGUGGGGUCAAAACUCUUUCACAACUCACCUCAUCUAGAGAGCCUCAAUCUAGCUGCCAAUCAACUUCACGUUGGAUACCAGGAAACUAGCAGGGCACUGCUCACCCUGUCUAGACUCAAAGUUCUGGAUCUGUCAGAAAACCAGCUUACAAACGACAUAGCUUCGGUCCUCCUCCAGAAUAUGACGUCCCUGGAGUACCUCAACCUUUCCAGGAACCUCCUGCUGAGGCUGGACGAAAGUUCUUUCAGCGACCUCCACCAGCUCAGAGAGCUGGACCUGCAGAGGAACAUGCUGUUUGAGAUCGUUGAUGCCUUUGACCACCUGCACAAGCUCCAGAGACUAAACCUGGCCUUCAACCACCUGGCCUGCCUGAUGGACUUCGACAUGACCCAGCUCGUGGUGCUCAACGCAAGUCACAACAACAUUGAGUGGUUCAUAGCCAACCAGGACCUCCAGGAAACUUUCCAGCUGGAGACCCUGGAUCUCACCAACAACAACCUCCUUUUCUUCCCCUUCCUUCCCAUCCAGAGCCGCCUCAGGAACCUCCAUCUGUCCCAGAACAGGGUGAGCUUCUACGAACACCUGGCAGACACCGCUGGCUACCCAAACUGGACCAACAGUGUCCAGUUCUUCAACCUGAGGGGCAACGUGACCAAUGUCACAGCCCAGCUGUGGGACGAGAGCCUUCACGGUGACAUCUCCUCUCUAGACCUGCUGGAUCUGAGUGGAAAUCAGGUGGGCUACUUCCCCCAAGGGUUUAUCAGCAAAAUGCCUAGCCUGGUCAGGCUCAGAAUGCAGACAAACUGUCUUGAGGUUUUAAAUCUAACACUGGAAAAACUUCCAGGGACGUUGUACGAGUUGGAUGUGAGCAACAAUAGAUUGACGGAGCUCCAUGCUGACCAAGGUAGUUUAAGUGAGUUAGGAAAACUGAGCUAUCUCAAUCUGAGCCAGAAUGACCUGCAGAGUCUUCCUCCUAGACUGUUCUCCUCUCUCACCAGCAUCAGCUCUGUGGAUAUCAGCUUUAACAGAAUUGGCAUAUGCCCCCUUGAGGAAUGGGGCGGGAACAGAGAUGGGGGUAACCAAUCAGACUGUGUUGUUUGGAGAAACAUCAUCUCUCUGAGACAGCUCCACCUAUCAGGGUGCAACCUGGGGAGACUGCCAUCGUCAGCAUUCACAGGGACACCUCUAACACACCUGGAGUUGUCUAACAACCCAGAACUCAACAUUGGGCCCAGAUCGAUAGUAGGCCUCAGCAGAACUUUACACCAUCUAGGAUUGGGAAACACAGGCCUGAGAGACUUUGACUUCUCCCCUUUCCACCACUUAAAGUCUUUGAACAUUUCCAGAAACUCUCUUACUCAGCUCCCUGCUUCACUGCAACGCCUUGAGCUGAGGCUGCUGGACCUGAGGGACAACAAACUUAACACUGUCCCCUCAGAUCAGGCUAACACAUUAGCCUUGAAACUACAGACUGUUUUUCUUAAUGGAAACACUUUCAACUGCUGCCAGUUGGACUGGUACAGGACGUUUGAGAGGGCGAAAACGGUCAAUAUCAUCGACCUCUCAGACAUUUCAUGUCAGGAUCUGACACAAAAUACACACAAAGUGGUGUUUUUAGACCCUUUAAUGUGUGGUGGGAGUGAGGAGGAGUCUGUAUACUGGUACAUCCUGUUGUUUAUUGUACCUGUCCUCUGCCUGGUUGGGAUUACUGUCAUCUUCCUGCUCACCUUCAGGCCCAGACUGCUUCCCAAGGCCAUUAAAAAUAAAUGCCGGAGGCCCACGUCAUACUGACAUUUCAGUCACCUUCCCUGUGUUGUGGAAGAAAGGUCAAAUGAUUAAGACAAUGUGGUACAUUCUGUCCAAGUGUGAUGUUUUGCACAUGGGUCGUUCCAUGUCAUUUCAGAAAGUCAUGACGUCCACCAUCUCAGAUUGUUCUGAAAUCGUUUCUGUAGUUAGAAACAGAUACGGGGUGGCAGAUAGCCUAGUGGUUUGAGCGUUGGACUAGUAACCGAAAGGUUGCAAGAUCAAAUCCCAGAGCUGACAAGGUAAACAUCUGUUGUUCUGCCCCUGAAGAAGGCAGUUAACCCACUGUUCCUAGGCCAUCAUUGAAAAUAAGAAUUUGUUCUUAACUGACUUGCCUAGUUAAAUAAAGGUUAAGUAAGAUAAGCAUUCCGGAAACAUUAUUUUGUUGAAAAAUAAUUGGAUCUCUGAGAAAUUUAGCUAAUUGAUUGCACCCAAAUUGACCACUUUAAUUUAUAGGAUUCAUUAUAAUAUUCAAUAAUUAUAGUACCAAAUUAUUUUCUAACAAUGAGUAAGACGUGAGAAAUCCUCACACCAAUCCCAACCCAGCAAAGAGUAUAUAAUAUCAGUUCUCUGUGUUUGACAGGUAGUUUGGAGUUGCGGCUCUAUUGUUUCUUCAUCCUAUGUAAUGUAUUCUCAGUGAAUUUGGUUGAAUUUGGUUGUUGUUAGGUUACAAAACUAACAAAACCUUUCUCUUGAUAUUACCAUAUCCAAUGCAAGUCUAAUGUACCUAUAUUAGCAUUUUUGCACUUCAUAUCCAAAUAAUCUAUAAGUCACAUCAUUUACAUUUUUAAAUACUUUAGGAUGAUUUGGAGAUGAAGUGUAAAAAUGCUAAUAUAGGUACCAGGAUGUAGGAUGGGACAUACAGUGCCUUCAAAAAGUAUUCACAUCCUUUGACCUUUCCAAAUGUGUAAAUACGUAUGUAAAUGAGAUAUUUCUGUAUUUAAUUUUCAAUACAUUUGCAAAAAUGUCUAAAACAUGUUUUCACUUUGUCAUUGUGGGGUAUUGUGUGUAGAUGGGUAAUUGUUUUAAAUAUUUAAUCCAUUUUGAAUUCAGUCACAAUAAAAUGUGGAAUAAAGUGAAGGGAUAUGACUACUUUCUGAAGGCACUGUAAAAGAAAAUAUCACCAAAAUCACUGAGAAUACAUUACAUAAGAUGAAGAAACAAUACUCAGAACCGCAACUCCAUACUACACGUCAGACAUAGAGAACUGAUACUAUAUAGUCAUUGUUGGGGUGGGAUUGGUGUGAGGCGGGGCGUGGGUCCUUGGGUGGCUUUUGACCAUGUCUUUGGAUUCUUCAUGUCUUACUCAUUGUUAGAAAAAAGUUUGGUUCAAAUCAGAUGUAAGGUACUACAGUAUAUUUAUUGAAUAUUAUAUGAAUCCUAUACAUUUAAAAUGUCCAAUUUGGGUGCAGUCAAUUAGCUUCAUUUUAAAGAGAUUAAAUGAUAUUUCAACAAAAUAUUGUUUCUGGAAUGCUUAUGUUAACUGUUUGUAACUACAGAAACGAUUUCAGAACUGAUUUCAGAACAAUCUGAGAUGGUGCGUGUUGAAAUCCUCUUUCUGGUGCUUUUUGAGGUGGAACGAUAUCAAUGCUGUGAAGGAAGAAAACACAUUGAAAAAGUAGUAAGCAAGUUGGAUCCCAAAAAUUGAUUUUCACCAAGUCAAAAAGAUGUAUUAUGUUAGAGGUUUCAUGAUGCUUGUAUCUUAACCAAAGUAGAUCAUUUAAAGAUCGUUCUAUACAUCAGUUUUUGUCUCUAUUUGCUUCCAUAUGAGGUCCAAACCUAACAUGAAAGUGCAUCCCUGUAGCUCUGUGGGAUAAUAUUGUCAAAAUGUUUGCCUUGGGUUAAGUUGAGCUAAUGACCAUGGGGUAAGUUGAGCAAAUUAAAAGUGUUUUCUUCCCAUGUCGCUUUUUAUAAUAAAAUAAAGAUAUAUAUAUAUUUUUUGUUGA